AUGGCGCUGAGGCUCCCGGGAACAGGGUCGCUCUCGCUCCUUAGCCUUGGAGUCCUAGUCCUGGGCUUGGCUCUCUCUGCUGAUGCUGGGCUUUCUCAGAAGCACGUCUCAGAUGUCGUUGAUGACAGCAAAGACAACAUCACCAUUUUCACCCGCAUCCUGGACAGGCUGCUGGAUGGGUACGACAACCGCCUGAGGCCCGGACUUGGAGACAGCGUAACUGAAGUCAAGACAGACAUUUACGUGACGAGCUUCGGCCCUGUCUCGGACACAGAUAUGGAAUACACUAUUGAUGUUUUUUUCCGGCAAUCCUGGAGAGAUGAAAGGCUGAAGUUUGAUGGUCCCAUGAAAAUACUUCCUCUGAACAACCUGCUGGCCAGUAAGAUCUGGACUCCUGAUACCUUCUUCCACAAUGGAAAGAAAUCUGUUGCCCAUAACAUGACAACACCAAACAAGCUGCUGCGCCUGGUGGACAAUGGCACCCUGCUGUACACCAUGAGGCUAACGAUUCAUGCAGAGUGCCCCAUGCACCUGGAGGACUUCCCAAUGGAUGUGCAUGCUUGCCCGCUGAAAUUUGGGAGCUAUGCCUACACAAAGACAGAGGUGAUCUACACCUGGACACUGGGGAAGGAUAAGUCAGUGGAAGUAGCAAAGGGUGGAUCUCGCCUGAACCAGUAUGACCUGCUGGGCCAUGUUGUGGGGACAGAGAUGGUUCGAUCCAGCACAGGGGAGUAUGUUGUCAUGACCACACACUUCCACCUCAAGAGGAAGAUUGGGUACUUCGUGAUCCAGACCUACCUACCCUGCAUUAUGACUGUCAUCCUGUCCCAGGUCUCCUUCUGGCUUAACAGGGAGUCUGUUCCUGCCCGGACAGUUUUUGGUGUCACCACCGUCCUCACCAUGACCACACUAAGCAUCAGCGCCAGAAACUCCUUGCCCAAGGUGGCGUACGCGACGGCCAUGGACUGGUUCAUAGCCGUCUGUUACGCCUUCGUGUUUUCUGCGCUGAUCGAGUUCGCCACUGUCAACUACUUCACCAAGCGCAGCUGGGCCUGGGAUGGCAAGAAGGUGCUGGAGGCUCAGGAGAUGAAGAAAAAAGAGCCAGUGACACUAGCGAAGAAAACCAACAACACCUACAACAUUGUUGGCACUACGUAUGCCCUCAACAUCGCCAAGGACCCCGGCCUGCCCACCAUCUCCAAGAGUGCUGCUGCCACUGCCGCCAGCAUCCCCCCAAAGAUGCCCCGCGUAGAGGAGAAGCUCCCAGAGAGUAAGAAGACAUACAACAGUGUCAGCAAGGUAGACAAGAUGUCCCGCAUCGUCUUUCCAGUCCUUUUUGCCAUUUUCAACUUGGUCUACUGGGCCACGUACGUAAACCGGGAGUCGGCUAUCAAGGGAAUGAUCCCCAAACAGUAAAACCGGGCACACAAACCUCCCAUCAGUGAGCACCAUCCAAGCAGGAAUUCUCCAGGGCUUUCUUCUCUCCCCUUUCCUUUAAUUAUUAUUGUUCAUUUGAUAGUAUUAUUAUUACUAUUAGAUCGUUCUUUUAUAAUGUAAACAAAACUGUGAUUUUAAUUUAAUCCUGUAUACUUCAGUUGCGGUUUACUUCGUCUCUGAUGACAAAAGGGAAAAAAAAAAAAGGAUCAUAA